AUGAUCUGCGGGGGUUGUCGUCUAUUACUGAACACAGAUUGUUCCUUACAUUGCCACACUUGUGAUAUCAACUAUCACUAUGAAUGCCUAAAUAUAAACAAGGAGCAGUUUGUAACGCUUUCAAAAGAAUUUCGUACCUCUUGGACCUGCCCUGCAUGUGUGAAUGUAACAAGACGUAUAAAAACUAACUUAAGCACACCUGUACGUCACAAUCAGGUACCAUCUACGGAACAGUCUAUGGACCUAUCAUGCGAAAUUGUGAACAAAAGUGAGGCGCACAUACCAUCAGAUUCGGACUCCAUCGAGAAAUUUAAUGAACUGCUUAAUACUAUCAAUUUGUGGCGUAACGACAUGAAUUCUAACAUAAUGAGUAUUAGAGAUGAAAUUAAGAAUGAUAUGAACUCUAACUUUAUGAGUAUUAGGGAAGAAAUUAAAAAUACCUUAAGUGACAUCCAAUCUGAAAUUAAGUCUCUACGAGAGGAGCAAGCCACCCUGAGACAAAAUGUUUCUAAUAUAAACAUAGAAUUAUCGUCCCUUCAAAACUCCAUUCAAUUUCAAUCUGACGAACAUGGUAUUUUGAAACAUAGAGUCGAUGAAAUCGCACGUGUUGCUGGUGAACAGACCACAUCAGCAACUGCAGGACUACAGUACAGAAUCGACUCCCUGGAACAACAAGCCAGACAGACAAAUGUUGAAAUCUGUAACGUACCGGAGCGUAGAAAUGAAAACCUUAUAGGUAUUAUCGAAGUCAUUGGAACAGCGAUCCGCUUCCCCAUUUCAAAGGCAGACAUUGUGUCGAUACAUCGGGUUCCUCACGCACACAGCACAAAUGAUAGACCUAAAAACAUCAUUGCUAAAUUCAGCACACGUAUACAUAGGGACAAUAAAAUUGCAGCAUAUCGUAAAGCAAAAUCACUGAGCGAAGACGAUGAUAUGAUUAAGGCGCUCUACGCUCAAAAUAAGGACAUUUUCGUGGGCCUACCAGAAGAAGAUAAGGAAAUGGUGGUAAAAUUUAAAAAACGCACACGAAAUCCUAAGACAUUGCACAUAAUCUUACAGGUGAAGCCUAACGUAUGGCAGAGGAUGACGGAAGCUGGAGCCAAUCAAUCAAUUCAACCAUCGAAGAACACCAGCAGAAAUAAAGUAAUCAUGUCGGAUGUGGAGACUGCUUCUUCAAUCAAGUCCUCCCAAAACCUUUCUGUUGCUCCACCUAGACCUCCACGAUCGCUGCGGGAAAAAGUACUUACAAAAUCCAGUUUAUCAAAAGCAACACCUAGCGAGAAGUUGUCGCAGCCAUCAUCUCAUCCCGCAACAGGAAAACGUCCAGCGGACUCUGCUCCGACAGACGCAUCUACAACAAGAAAAAAUGCCUCUUCGCACACCCCCACUCUGGGAACUAAAAUGUCGCAAACUUCAGUUAAAAGCGACAGCUCGAUCCGAUCCUCCGUUUGUGACCCGGUAGAUGCGGCUAUCGACAAAGUAGCUAACUGGAAGCAGGAAGAAAUUCCUCCACUUCCAGUUUUAUCCGACGAAGAACUUUCGAUCACAUCUGCGUCGGAAUCACCACUAUCGGAGGCACCGGAAAAAGGAAGACCCAGCCUGCUUUUUAACUCCAACAGGCGACUGGGGGUGGAAAUGGAUAUGGCAACAAAAGAAGCGAACGAAAUGCUUCUGAGAGGGAAGGAAGCGCUAGAAAUGGCAGGGAAUAUGAAGAGGGAGUGUAAGUUAACAGCUUUAGAGAGUCUGCAGUCCCUCUACGAGAUGGUCCUGGCGCUGUCAGAUUCCAGAUCUAGACAUAAGCAUAAUCUAGAAAGGGAACGCUCACGCAACGCUCAAGAACUAAUGCGAGUGGAGCGCGCCCAUAACAAGAUCAUCACCCAGCUUAUGAAGGAAAUGGCUUCCGAACUAGGCCAUGCCAGGACAGAUAUAAAAAAUACCCUCCAGGAAUCCAAGGCGAUACGGGGUUGGUUGAACUUCGAAACCCAAGAGCCCUUCCGCAAAACGAGCGACCUACUCAAAGCUGUGACGGACUUAGACAAACGCAUAGGUGUGAUUCAGUCGAACUUGAGUCAGCAGAAGCAAGAAGGUGCAGACAACAUUUUAUCUCACCUAAGAGUGGACCUUACUGGAGUAAAAUCUAGUGUGGAAACACUCAAACUUCAAUUGGACGAAAUGCGCAGAGUCAUCGAAAAGUCCGAAAACAACACCAAGAAGGUUCUGGAGACCGGCCAAAAAACCCUGCUACGCCUGGAGUCACCACCAUCCCACCCCUCAGAGGAAAUAAGUAAAACGUUGGAACAUGAGCUGAAUGGAAUGAAGAGUUCGCUGAAGGAGAUAGAUACAAGUAUCAGAUCUGGACUUUCAAUGUUACCUUCAGCGGACUCCAGUAAAAUAUUCCAAACCAGCAUAAGGGAACAUCUUCAACCUAUAGAAGAACACUUAGGUGCAAUGUCAUCCGAGCUGAGGACGAUGAUAGAGCAGAAGCAACGGGCCCCAUCACCUACAGCCCCAAGUCUAGCAACAGAGCUUGCACAAACUGGCGAAGCAGCAACAAAGCCAAAAAAGACAUACGCCAGAGUGGCUGCAAGCCCUCCCCUUCCUAAACCCAAUCACAGUCUCAUUAUCACAUCAACUGAUUCGAAAAACACAGCCGAAAAUAUCAUCGAGAGAAUCAGGGAGGCUCUAGACACAAAAAAGACUGGAGCCAAAGUAGAUAGGGAGGCGGAAAUCCACGACGAUCUGGAACCCAUCACAAUAGCCUACACAAAAGCAAUCCAGGAAUCUUGCGAUGAGACUAUUCCGAAAAUGGGCACGAGGAGGGUGAAUGCAACGCCCCCAUGGUGGUCAAAAUCCCUCAACCAACUCAAAAAAGAAGUCCAUAGGAAAAAAGACGUAUUAGAAAUGCGGCACCAAGUCGAAGACAACACGUAA